AAGUAUGUAAUGUUAAAAAGAAAAAUGUUCUGCUUUUAAUUCUUAUUUUCUCAGCGAACAAACGGUUGGUUUGGUUUUUCAUUCUUUUAUUUCCCCACUUCUUUCUUUCUCUCUCACAUCAUACUGUUUGUUUUAUUCCAUUGCUGCGAGAGUUAUUUAUGCCUAGUGAUUACACACUUUCUCAUUCACGCGGAAAUCCCUCGCAUUUGCGGAGUGAGUUAGCUAAAAAGUCUAUCAGAUUCUCUUCCUUAGCUCGUUUACUACCUGAGUUGUCAGAAGUUGUUUUGAGCUACAUCUGAAUCAUCCCUGCCUUCCCUGUCUUCUUUUAUAUCUCUGUGCUUUAAGUCUCUGUUUAUGUAACCGCAAGCCUCUUUUCUCUCUGUGAGUCCUCGUUUAUGUUGUUUCUCAGAAGAGUCUUCUUUGAAUGAUGUAACUUUGAUUGAACUUUUCCAGUUUGGUUGAUGCCCAUUUGCUCAAAAGUGUUCUGAAUCAAUCCUUUCUGUGGCUUUUUAAUCAUGGGCUUUCGUUAGUCUCGCAUGAUAGAUAUCUAUGUUCAUCUGUCUAUUAAUACCCAAUUGCUUCAAAUUGUUCUGAACCAUCCCAAAUGCAGUUUUUGAUUAUGGGUUCUCGUUAAUUCGGUGGUUCUUGUUCUCUUAACCUCUCAACUCUACAGCUUGACUUCGAUUUCCACCAAUUUUAGCGGGAACUAUUGGUGGGAACUAGUUGAUGAAUAGGAGGCCUCUUUGAUAAUUAAGAGAAAAGGGAAGGUGAUGGAUCUAAGCUUUUUCAGAGUCAACUGCCAGUUCUGAUCAGAGCAUAUGCAGCGUGGCUGGCAAUUUCGUUAAAGUUUAGAACUUCCUAAUCCACUAUGAGUUCUAUUCGCUAAUAUUCUUAUUUUUUUUUUUUUACCAAGGAUGGAAUCCAAAUAGGACAUUCAUUGGCCACUACUUUUUUGUUCUUCCUCGUAGCAAUAUACUCCAAUCAUUCUUUCUUUAUAACUCAAUCGAGAUGUAAAUUCUUCCAUUGUAUUCAUUCGUUUAUGGAUUUCAUAAAGGUCGAAUCAACAUUCUUAUUUCUAGCGUUUCUUUCAACCUCCAAUGAUGAAGAAGAAAUCUUUACCUAUCUGCCCAUAAAUUUGCAUAUACAUUCCAAAAUAUAUAUUCGCUUAUGCAUAUUUAGUUAAAUUGUUGGCCUCUCGAGUCCCUUAAUUUUUUAAGCUGAAUUAAGCAUCUUCUAUUCCACAUAUCUUCUGGGUUGCUUGUUGCUCACAUAAAAAACAAAGUUCUAAUCCUUCACGUUCACAAAAUAUUUGGCUCAUGGAAGAAACAUUUGUGCCUUUCCGCGGAAUAAAAAAUGACCUCAAAGGAAGACUCCUAUGUUACAAACAAGACUGGACUGGUGGUAUCCAAGCGGGUAUCAGGAUCCUGGCUCCAACAACAUACAUAUUUUUUGCUUCAGCAAUUCCAGUUAUAUCUUUUGGGGAGCAGCUGGAGAGAAGUACAGAAGGAAGUUUGACUGCUGUCCAAACUCUUGCAUCAACAGCACUUUGUGGUGUUAUCCACUCAGUUGUUGGUGGACAGCCCCUACUCAUCCUAGGAGUGGCUGAGCCAACAGUGUUGAUGUAUACAUUCAUGUUCAACUUUGCCAAGGACCGAAAGGAUUUGGGGCAGAAACUCUUCUUAGGCUGGACUGGAUGGGUAUGUGUGUGGACGGCCCUUUUGCUCUUCUUGCUGGCCAUUCUGGGUGCAUGCUCUAUUAUCAAUAGGUUUACGCGCCUAGCUGGUGAAUUGUUUGGUCUGUUAAUUGCAAUGCUAUUUAUGCAGCAAGCCAUACGGGGAGUUGUGGAAGAGUUUGGCAUACCCCAGAGAGAAAAUCCAAAUCAGACUGCACUCCAAUUAUCAUGGCGAUUUGGCAAUGGAAUGUUUGCAUUGGUUCUGUCCUUUGGCCUUCUUCUUACUGCACUCAGAAGUCGCAAAGCUAGAUCCUGGCGCUAUGGGACAGGUUGGCUGCGGGGAUUUAUCACAGAUUAUGGAGUUCCACUAAUGGUGCUUUUAUGGACUGGUGUGUCUUACAUACCUGUAAAUGAAGUCCCAAGAGGGAUCCCAAGGCGUCUUUUCAGUCCAAAUCCAUGGUCUCCUGGGGCAUACUCAAAUUGGACAGUUAUCAAGGACAUGUUGAAUGUUCCUCCACUAUAUAUUGUUGGAGCAUUUAUACCAGCAACUAUGAUUGCCGUGCUUUACUACUUUGAUCACAGUGUUGCGUCUCAACUUUCUCAACAGAAGGAGUUCAAUCUGAAGAAACCAGCUUCAUAUCAUUAUGACCUUCUUCUUCUGGGUUUCUUGGUCAUAUUAUGCGGGCUUAUCGGCAUUCCUCCUUCCAAUGGUGUAAUUCCACAGUCUCCAAUGCAUACAAAAAGCUUAGCUACCCUAAAGCAUCAGCUUUUGCGGAAUAAGCUUGUAUCAACAGUCCGACAAAGUAUGCGUAAGAAUGCAAAUUUGGGUCAAUUAUACCGGAACAUGCAAGAAGCAUAUAAUGAAAUGCAGACUCCACUAACCUGCCAAAUUCCAUCUUCUCUGGGACUGAGAGAGCUGAAAGAGUCCACAAUUCAAUUGGUCUCUCGUACUGGCUAUAUAGGUGCCCCUGUUGAUGAGACAGUUUUUGACGUGGAUAAGGAUAUUGAUGAUCUUUUGCCUGUCGAAGUCAAAGAACAACGGGUCAGUAAUCUGCUUCAGGCAUUGAUGGUUGGCGGUUGUGUUGCUGCUAUGCCUCUUUUAAAGAAGAUCCCAACUUCAGUUCUUUGGGGCUACUUUGCUUUCAUGGCGAUUGAAAGCUUGCCUGGAAAUCAAUUCUGGGAGAGGAUAUUGUUGCUUUUCACUGCUCCAAGUCGAAGAUACAAGGUGCUGGAGGAGUAUCAUGCAACCUUUGUUGAGACUGUGCCCUUCAAAACAAUUGCCACCUUCACCUUGUUCCAGACAGCUUACUUGCUUGUAUGUUUCGGCAUAACAUGGAUACCAUUAGCUGGGGUCCUUUUCCCACUCUUGAUCAUGCUUCUCGUACCAGUACGACAAUAUUUUCUCCCUAAGUUUUUUAAAGGAGCCCAUCUUCAAGACUUGGAUGCUGCUGAGUAUGAGGAAGUCCCGUCGAUUGCUUUUAACAUGUCAUUUCAAGACCAAGAUCCUCAGGCGAGAAUUAACAAUAUUGAUGGUGGGGAAAUUCUUGAUGAAAUCAUCACAAGAAGCCGUGGUGAGAUCCGUCUCACUCAAAGUCCUAAAGUAACAAGUUUGAGCCAUACUUCAGUAGAGGAUAUCAGGCCUGCUUAUAGCCCGUGGGUGUCUCAGAGAGUAAACAGCAAUGAUGUAAAUGAACUGAGAGGGGAGCAGAGUCCCAGGUUGAAGGGAAAAGAACUCGAAGCGAGAAAAACCCCCAGUCCCGGGCCAUCCAUUAUUGGACAAAGCCCCUGUGGUUAAUUUUGAAGCUAAAACGCUAAGUUUGUGAUUAUGCUAAGUUUGUGAUUAUGGUGAGGUUAGUUGUCAAUGGUGCUCGAGAGGUCCCGUUCUAAAAUCAUGUAACCAAGUAUUAUCUUGUAGGUGUGCGUUUCUUUUCUUUCUUCCAACCUUUUAAAAUGGUGUAGGUUGAUAGUCAGUGCUACUCUCUUCUAUCUUCCAUUCCACAUAGGCUGGGCAGAAAACAUGAGACUUAUAAUGGAUAACGUCUAUUUAUCUUCA